AUGGAUGCAUCUACUCCAUGGAUGAACUGCGCUCAUUGGCUGGAGAAUCAGUUUAAAUACGACCCCUUGGUCCUGGGACCCUUGGAGCGCUACUCGAUGGGACGGUUUACAUGUCUUAGUUUGUGGCAGGGCGCGAAGAAAGAUAUGAAAUCGGAUCGUGGACCUUGUGAUUACCCUCCUCUGUAUGAAGCGCAGCUACUAUUGCGAGCACCCCGCAAGUGGGCUGUCUACAAGCAGAAGACGUCAACAGAUUCUAUUAUAUGCAAACCCCUCAUAACUUUCUGUCAAGAGGCAUGGAAUAACCCCGUUCUCUACCUCCUCCGUCAGUCUCUUAUGUUGAUUGUCGCCUCAUGGGACAAACUCUCCGAAGUACCUUGCCUGAUCGAAUUCAGCAGCAAGGGAAAAAAAGCUCACGAGAAGGCAAUCGAGAGUACAGAAAUCGUCUGGAACGUGCUCGCAUCGUUCCGGUGGGGAGCCUUGCUGCCUAUUGAUGGCAUGAUUGGCCCGGAGGACUAUGAUCAAGCGAUUGGGAACAGUCACUUCUUGAAGAAUGUAUUUGUGUCGCUGGCUAGGGACAAGGAAGAAAAGGAGUUUUUCGAAAGAUCUGGCCGUCCCAAGAGUCUAGGGUUUGGCCGUUUUAGGAUUAGCCGUUUGAGCUUGGUGGCACAAGCUGAUAAAUAG